AAUGCACCAGGGAGGGAGUUUGAUGUUGCUCAUACUCAACAUAAUUUUAGGGAUUGCAUGUGGUGACUCCAUAAAACCCUCAUCACCCAAGACCAUCAUCAGACAGAGUGAAAAGAGCUCCAGGAGUGAGGAUGAAUUUGAGAGGAACAUCAAAGUGUUGAUGGAGAACAUCAGAUCCUUGUCAAAAGAAGAACAGAGAAAAGAGGCCUCACCAAAUCUCCAUCAGAGAAUGAGCAGAAUGUCAGCACCCCUUGAGAGAAUGGCGAUUGACAGCACUAGCCUAGAUACUUAUUUGUCAAUAUUCAACAGUUUAUUCUCUAUAUACCAGCCCGCGCUGAUUGACAGUUUCAUUGAAACUCUUCCUCAGGCUUUAAUUUGCAUUUUGGCAGACAGACAGCCCUGUGGAUGGCAAGCAGAUGUAACUAGUACCGUUUCAUCUGCAUUGAAUGAACAAGUACUUUCUGUGAUCUCCUCUGUUAAAGCUGAAGCUUGCAUGUCAGCAUCUAAUAUGCGAAUGGCAGACCCCACCAUGGCUCAAUUAAACUCUCUUCAGGAGAUGUUGAUGAAUGUUUUGUCCUCAGACCUCCCACUUUAUCUGCUAUCAGACAACGUUUUAGCCUUAUGGAAUAGUUUUAUGGACAUGGCAUUUCCACCUGUGAUGUCAUUCAUGUCUGAUGUCAUGUUGAGUGCACUUCAAACUCCAGUGGAUUUUCUAAAACUUGGAUUACAGUUUGGCAUUGAGAUCCCUACCCUAGACCAGAGUGAGAAGUGUCAACAAGGUGACCUCAAACAGCUUAUCAUGUGGGGCAUGAAUCAUAAUGUGAGCUGGUCUUUUGGGCAGUCACUUCUGGAUAUGUUUUUGGCUCCUGAAACUCCUCCUUGCAGUUUCCCAGGUCCAGAAUGUCAGGCCACAAACAGCAUCCAGUUCGGUCGUACUGGCACACCCUCAGUGGACAUUCCCAUGUCUGUUCUCACCUGCGAACAACAAAACCUGAACCAACUCAACGAAACACUUUGUGCAGAAAUUUUAGGAGCAACAUCUCAGGAAUCAUAUGUCCUUUAUCAGAUGUGUCAAGCACUCAGCACACUCUCUCAAACCGAAGUGACAAAGGUAUGGAGGAACAUGUGUCACAUGAUCAAGAAUGGCAUCUUACCUCUUAUUGAGCCCUGCAGUGAUCCUGGCACCGCACAAUCAAGUCGUAGUGCACGGUCCACUCUCAGCCUCAGCGAACUCCUCUGCGACUACCAGAACUGGACUAUUGAUGGUGCUACAGACCCAGCUUUGGUCUCAAUGUGCAGUGAAAAUGAUCGUGCGGCGUUCAUCCUUGCUGUGUGUAACAACGCUGAAGUUAUGCAAGUGUUGGUCAGAAAUCCUAAUAAUGCUUGGGUUUGGGAAUUCUGUGCAAACACAUCAGACUCAUACAUAGUGAACCUGUAUUGCUCAUAUAACAUAUGGACUGCUGAAACCAUCGACCCAUCAAUAGUGACGUUCUGCUGGUAUAAUGACAUGGAGAGAUUUCAUUUUUUUUUGUGUGACAGUAUGGCCUUCUUUAUGGUUGUGUUCUCCAGUGAUGAAAACAACUGGCUGAAGCCCAAUUGCUCUGAACCUCCUCCACAAAUUGACAUUAACACCCUUGUGGCUGAGUCUUGCAAAUACGCUGAAUGGAAGAACGUGCGAGCAAUCAGCCCUGAACAGAUGUCUAUAUGUAUCCAAAAUGAUGAGGUUCGGUUCAUUAAUGAGGUGUGUGUUGACCACAAGUUCGUCACUCUACUUGUGCAGAACAGCGCAAAUGCUUGGGUAGAGCAAUAUUGCACCUACUCUAUCAGGAAUCCCCCUACGAGCCCACCGCUGCUGAGCAUUGAAGUUUGGUGUAACUAUAGCAAAUGGACUAACAUGUCUGUGGAUCCGUCUGUGGUCGCUCUAUGCUGGCAGUACGACCAGAUUGGCUUCCGUCAGAACGUCUGCUGCAACAUACCCUUGUAUGACAAGUUGUCCCUUCAUGUUGACAACCAGUGGCUGAUUAGAGAGUGCUCUAAUAAUGACACCACAAGUGUGUUGGAGCAGGUUUGCGUCUAUUCAGAUUGGAGCCAGCCUACUAUUGUAGACAUGACUGACCUUGCUCUCUGUGCAGAUCUUGACACUGAGAACUUCACUCGGAAUGUAUGUGCCAACGUUACAGUUUUCCAGAAUUUGCUGGCCAAUUUAGACAACACCUGGUUAUUGGAGCAAUGCUCAAACCUGACUGCUCCUGGCCCAGGUGGUGGGGCUGGGAAUGGGGGGAGCCUGAUUGUUUUCCGACCAGCUGAGCAGUGUCAGUACUCCAGUUGGGCUUUGGUGCUCCCGGACGCUGCUCUCCUCACCCUUUGCUGGGACUAUGACCAGGCCAACUUUAUCUCCUUCGUCUGUGCUGACUCUUCCAUGCUGACCCACAUCACUCAGGAGGCCUCCAGCCUCUGGGUUGGCACUCUCUGUGCCACAUACACAGCUCCCCAAACCACCACCGUCAGUGGGAGCAAUGAAACAACUCCCCAGCCAUGUCUAACUAUGGAGUUAGUUAAAAGGCUAAACUGGACAUGCAGCACAGACUUCAGCGCUGUCUGCCAACCAGGUGCCAGUCAAGUCCAGGGUCUUCGGGUGCUGUUGCGCUGUGGGAUAAAGAUCCUCCAACCUCGCUUGGAGAAUCUCAUGACUACACAGGUGACAUCGGUGGUCAAGCAGGCCACCAGCCUGUGGGUUGUCCUGCUGUUGGCUCUAGAAGAAAGCCAAAUGACCUCUCUAAGGAUGACAGAGAAUAUUUGGCUUAGUGUGUUGGACUCAGUUGUCGCCUACAUGGACAAUGAAACCAACUUUGACAACAAGCGUGUGCUUUUGCAGUGCUUUGGGAAAGUUCUGAGCAGUCUGAUGCAAACAGGAAGAAAUGUGCCCACUAACUUUUUCCUGAUCAAGGAGUAUUUCCGUAUUCCUCUAUCUCAUCUGAGAUCAGUGCUCAGUGCAGCAGACAGCAUAAUCGUGAGGGAGAUUCUGCUGUUCUAUAACAGGAACUAUGACACUUUGCAGCUAACAGAUGAUUACCUGCACACCAUGGUGUCUGUGCUCUUCCAAAUACACCUGCCCAAGGAUAUAAGCCUGUUUUCUGACAUGGGUCUUUUGUUGGCUCUAGCUACACCUUCAGAAAUCUUGUCAAUGCCGCUACAAAAUAAUAUCAAUGCGUUAAGCAUAAUUAACUUCAGCAUCAAAAACCUUUCCCUGGAGCAGCAGCAAGCGUUUGGUCGAUGGUGUAGUCAGUCCAUGAGCUUGCCUAACAUGAUAGCUGGCAGCUUAUCCGUUAUCAGAGACAUUGGUAACCUGAUCGCCUAUCUGCCCUUCCAGAGCUUCCAGUACCUCUCACCUGCUCAGCUGCUGGAUGGUUUGGAUGUCCUGAUGAGUAACGCGUUGAGUCCACUUAAGCAGCAGUUCAUUGCUCAGAGUCUCAUUGGAACCUUCCGGAAUCUCACUGUUGACGAGUUCAGGAGGUUAGGUAAUCUGUCCUGUCUGGCUCACCCCAGCCAGCUGAUGGCAUAUGCAGGAACGGAAGCCUUCUCUGUGAUCCAGGACAACAUUAGGACAUGUGCAAUUCAGGGUUUUAGUGUUCCUAGCAAUAUGAUAUCCAGCUUGGUCUUGAAAUCGUCUGACCUGCAGUCUCCCUCCAGUCUCACUCCUCAGAGAGUCUCUGAGCUUGGCCCUUUUCUGCCCCUGCUCGGAUCCAGUGUCCUGCAGCAGCUGACCUCAGCCCAGCUCAUGCCUGCUCUCAGCACCCUCGCCUCUGUGCCUUUCACCCCUGCACAGGCACGUGUUAUCAUCGACAAGAUCUCAGCCAAUUUUAGUUUGGCUCUACCUGGCUCUGAGCAUUUGUCUAUGCUGGGAUCUCUUGUGAGUGGAGUAAAGGUGGAGACUCUAUGGACUUUACCAACUGAUGUUCUGCUGGAAGCGUUACCUGCUAUGAGCCUUCAGACACCUGGGCUCACCCCCCCACAGGUCAACACUAUCAUCUCCAAACUCUGGGCUAAAGUUCUCUUUAAAGAGGCUGUCGUCUCUCACCCAAGCCUCUCACUACAAGAAUUUCUAUCUCUGGGGACUCUGGCUACGGGAGUGAGUUGCACAGACCUUAGAAGAUUGUUCCAGAAACUGGCAUCUCUAUCUCCUCUACGUGACAUUAUGACAUUUCUGAGAGAGCAGCCUGUGCCACUCCACCCGUCACUGAAAAAGUGUGUAUUUGAGGAACUGUAUAGGUUUGACUUCUUCUCAGAGUUACUUGGAGAUUUGGGUUCUCAGAUUGCUCUGUCACUUCCGCUGAGCACCAUUAAGAAAUUUCCACCAGAUAAGAUGCAUUCCCUGAAGAAAAUUAUAAUACAGGACCCAUAUUACUUCCUACUGCUUCCCAGCACCAAACAAGCUGUCCUGGUGGACAAGAUGGUUCAAAGACUGGAUAUGUACACUGGCCUGUACACUGAAGAGGAGUUUCGUUCACUAGGCGUCAUGGCUACAUUUGUGACAGAUGAAAUGUUUUUUAAAUUGGAUAGGAGCUUUUUUGUUGAUAGUCUGGAGUUCCUACAAGGAUUCUGCUACAAUGCCAAUAAAAGAGACCUGGUGGCAAAGAUGCUAGAGGAACAGUGGACAUUUGGCCCUGUAAAAAACUGGACAUCAGAGACUCUGAACCAAGUGGACCGCUUCUUGUUUUUUCUUCCGAAGGACACUAUUCAGCUCAUCCCCUUAGGUUUGAUGAGCUUAGAGCGCAUUGAGAGGCUGUUCCUGAGUCAGCGGGAGUGGGAGAGAGGAGAGUUUGGCUCUCUGUGUCAGAAACCCUCAGAGCUGUUUGAAAAGCAGCAGUUUGUGCUUCAAUUCUUCCUCGGCUUCCUCAGAAUUGGACGUGCCCCUUAUACUGGACUGAUCCCCUCUUGUGAGAGCCUGCAUGGGACACAUCCUGCUGCCUGGACUAUUGACAGCCUUAGAAACAUGCCACAAGCUGCAUUUCGGAGGUGCUUGGAGCUCAUUGGCCAGGAUCCGUUUUUCAGGGCAUACGAGCUGUUAACGCUCCUUACAAAGACCAAAGAGGUGUAUGGGAUGCCUUCCUCUUUUAACUCUUCUGUGAUCUCUCAGUUGGGUCGCAUUGCCACUCAGCUCACACUUGAAGAAUUGGCCUCUCUUAGACUCUCUGAAAUUCAGUCAAUUUCAGCUAUGGGGGCUCUCAACACAUGGACCAGCAGACAGCUGAAAUUACUAUUCUCCGCCGUUCUGAACUCAACCAGAAAGACGCCUAGCCAGUUAGACUCCAGCACUUUUGUGGCAUUGGGGCACAUUGUGUGUGGGAUUGAUGCACCAAUCAUGCGCAACCUGAAUCCAGUGGAGUUCAGUAAAGCAGUUUUGUGGCUUGGCCGUUUGAAUUUGUCUUGCUCUGAGGAGCAGCUGCAGGCAUUGACAGGGCUGCUCAGUCAUAGCUUGGCAUUUGGACCGGUCAGCUUCUGGGGAUCAGAGGUCUUCAUUGAGAUCGGAGCGAUUGCAGCGGGACUACCUGACAUAGCCAUGUCUGCUUUGGUGAGGGAACAAAUUGAAGGAAUCACCCCACUUGCCAUCUCUCUCAUCCCAGCGGGCAAAUUUGCAGUAGUGUUUAACCAGGCACAGAUUCGUAUGUUCACCUAUGAUCAGGCCGUUGCUGUGACUGAGGCCCAGCGCUCCGCUCUGUCUACAGUACAGCAGACGGCCCUGUCCAUGGUGCUCAACCCCUGGGAGGACAAACCUGUUGAUUUCAGAGGCAUGUCACUGGGAGUUGCAAUGCACCCCAGUCCUUUUUUCUACCUCUCCAGCGUCCUGAUAAUGCUGCUGUUUUCUCUGGGAUGAGUUAGGUCUGUUGCUGCUGAAUUGCUGCUAUACUGAAUCAAACUUUUCUUUCCAAAUAUGUGCAAUGUGAUGUAACUCUAUUACUUUAUAUAUAAGACUUAUGAGAAAUACAAGAACAAUAACUAUUUCUAUAAUAACUAUAAAUAUUUC